GCCCCCAAAUCAUCCUGUCCCAAGCCAGUCAGCGAGGUCUCCUCUACCCUCCACUUCUCUCCAGACAGACAGCUGAAUCUCUGUCUCCACACAGACUCACAGAAGGGGGACGGUGGCUGAAGAGCAGCACACUGAGGCAAGACAUAAUGCCGGGGCAUGCCUGGCAUUUUCUUCUCCUGUUUUUCACAGGACUAGGGAGUCCUGAGAGCACCCGAGCCCAGCAGCAGCAGCAGCAGCAGCAGCAGCAGCGGCCCCCAACCCAUCUGCUGCCGACACAUCAGCAAAGAGGUUUAUUUCCAGCUGUGCUGAAUCUGGCCACAAAUGCACUCAUCACCACCAAUGCUACCUGUGGGGACCGAGGUCCUGAAAUGUACUGCAAGUUGGUGGAACAUGUCCCAGGGCAACCUGUGAGGAACCCCCAGUGUAGAACUUGUAAUCAGAAUAGCAGCUUUGCAUACCAGAGGCACCCAAUCACGAAUGCAAUUGAUGGCAAGAACACUUGGUGGCAGAGCCCCAGUAUUAAAAAUGGAAUUGAAUACCAUUAUGUGACCAUUACACUGGAUUUACAGCAGGUUUUCCAGAUUGCAUAUGUAAUUGUAAAAGCAGCAAACUCACCACGACCUGGAAAUUGGAUAUUGGAGCGCUCUUUAGAUGGUUUUGAAUAUAAACCAUGGCAGUACCAUGCUAUCACUGACACAGAAUGUCUAACCCGCUAUGGCAUUUAUCCACGCACUGGACCACCAUCAUAUGCAAAAGAUGAUGAAGUGAUAUGUACUUCAUUUUAUUCCAAGAUCCACCCCCUGGAAAAUGGAGAGAUCCACAUAUCUCUAAUCAAUGGAAGACCCAGUGCCGAUGAUCCUUCCCCAGAACUUCUAGAAUUCACCUCUGCCCGCUAUAUCCGCCUGAGAUUUCAGAGGAUCCGAACACUAAAUGCAGAUCUGAUGAUGUUUGCUCACAAAGACCCCAGGGAAAUCGACCCCAUUGUUACAAGAAGGUAUUACUAUUCAGUAAAGGAUAUUUCCGUCGGAGGGAUGUGCAUCUGCUAUGGUCAUGCCAGGGCUUGUCCACUUGAUCCAUUAACAAAUAAAUCUCGUUGUGAAUGUGAGCACAAUACCUGUGGUGAUAGCUGUGAUCAGUGUUGUCCAGGAUUUCAUCAAAAACCUUGGAAAGCAGGGACUUUUCUUACCAAGACUGAAUGUGAAGCAUGCAAUUGUCAUGGGAAGGCAGAAGAAUGCUAUUAUGAUGAAAAUGUUGCCAGCAGAAAUCUGAGCUUGAAUAUCCAUGGAAAGUACAUUGGAGGUGGUGUAUGCAUUAACUGUACUCAAAACACCACAGGCAUCAACUGCGAGACUUGUAUUGAUGGCUUCUUCAGACCUAAAGGGAUAUUACCCAAUUAUCCAAGACCAUGCCAACCAUGCUAUUGUGAUCCAAUUGGAUCUUUAAAUGAAAUCUGUGUUAAGGAUGAGAACCAUGCUAGACGAGGUCUGUUCCCUGGAUCUUGCCAUUGCAAACAUGGCUUUGGAGGAGUCAGAUGUGAUCGGUGUGCUCGGGGUUAUACUGGUUAUCCUGAUUGUGUGCCUUGCAAUUGUAGUGGGAUAGGAAGCACUAAUGAGGAUCCUUGUAUAGGACCCUGUUACUGCAAGGAAAAUGUCGAGGGCAGAGACUGCAGUCACUGCAAAGUGGGCUUCUUCAAUUUACAAGAGAAUAAUCGCAAGGGCUGUGAGGAAUGCUUCUGCUCAGGAGUGUCAGAUAGAUGUCAAAGCUCCCGCUGGACCUAUAGCAGUAUAAAUGAUAUGGAUGGUUGGUAUCUUACUGAUGUGGCUGGUCUCCUGAGGAUCACACCUCAUCAAGACAGCUCUGGUCAAUCCCAGCAACUCAGCAUCAAUAGCUUGGAUGCAAAAAGAGAACUACCACGAAUCUAUUACUGGAGUGCACCUGAACCAUAUUUAGGCAACAGAGUGACAGCAGCUGGAGGACAAUUGAAAUUUACUAUUUCUUAUGACCUCAUAGGAGAAGAUGAUCUUGAAAAUGUGCUGCAACUUAUGAUCAUACUAGAGGGAAAUGGCUUGCAAAUCAGCACAACCCAGGAAGAAAUCUACUUGCCACCAUCUAAAGAAUAUACUCAUGUUGUGUUGCUCAGUUCAGAAUUAUUUAAUGUGCAUGACACUGGAUCUCGAAUCAGUAGAAAAGAAUUUAUGACCAUCCUAGCAAAUGUAAAGAGACUUCUCAUACAAGCCACAUACAUCCUUGGGAUGGAUGCCAUCUUCAGGUUGAACUCUGUAAGUCUUGAAUCAGCUGUGCCAUAUCCCACUGAUGGAGAACUUGCAGAUGCAGUAGAGCUUUGUCAAUGCCCUCCAGGAUAUAGUGGCUCCUCCUGUGAGUCUUGUUGGCCUGGGCACAGGCGAGUUAAUGGUACAAUUUUCGGUGGCAUCUGUGAGCCAUGUCAAUGCUUUGGUCAUGCGGAAGCAUGUGAUGACAUCACAGGAGAAUGUGUGGGAUGCAAAGACCAUACAGGUGGUCCAUAUUGCAAUAGAUGUCUUCCUGGUUUCUAUGGGGAUCCUACUAAAGGAACUACUGAGGACUGUCAUCCUUGUGCCUGUCCAUUAAACAUACCAUCUAAUAACUUCAGUCCAACGUGCCACUUAGAUUGGAGUCGGGAACUGAUAUGUGAUGAAUGCCCUGUCGGGUACACAGGACCACGCUGUGAGAGGUGUGCAGAAGGCUAUUUUGGACAACCUUCUGUACCUGGAGGAUCAUGUCAGCCAUGCCAAUGCAAUGACAACCUUGACUUCUCCAUCCCAGGAAGCUGUGACAGCUUGUCUGGCUCUUGUCUGAUAUGUAAGCCAGGUACAUCAGGCCGCUAUUGUGAGCGCUGUGCUGACGGAUAUUUUGGAGAUGCAGUUGAUGCAAAGAACUGUCAGCCAUGUCGCUGUAAUCUCAAUGGCUCAUUCUCAGAGAUUUGCCAUACACAGACUGGGCAAUGUGAAUGCAAACCUAAUGUUCAAGGACUCCGUUGUGAUGAGUGUCAGCCCCAGUUGCAGUGGGACUCAGAGAAGCAAUUCUGUAUACUUUGUGACUGCAACCCUCUUGGCUCUGUGUCACCUCACUGUGACAGAACUGGAAGAUGUAUCUGUAAAUCAGAAUUUAUAGGUAAAAAGUGUGAACUCAGCAGGCAGGUGCAAAAACAGGAAGAGAAGCCAUGGAUAACCCAACAACUACAAGGUCCUCCUCCUCCUCUUCCUCCUCCAAGAUGGGGUUCUAUCCGUGCAAGUGGGUGCCCUCGGGGGGCCUAUAGGCCCCAAUCACUGCCUCAAACCUUUGGCCUACAAUCUUCCCAGGGCUGUGUUCCUUGCAAUUGCAAUUCCUUUGGAUCCAAGUCUUUUGAUUGUGAAGAGAGUGGGCAGUGUUGGUGCCAACCUGGAGUAGCAGGAAAGAAAUGUGACCGAUGUGCUCAUGGCUUUUUUAACUUUCAAGAGGGAGGUUGCACUUCCUGUGAGUGUGCCCAUCUGGGUAAUAAUUGUGAUCCAAAUACUGGCAAAUGUAUUUGUCCUCCCAAUACUAUUGGAGACAAGUGUGAUAAGUGUGCACCUAAUUCUUGGGGCCAUAGCAUCAUCCAUGGCUGUAAGGCUUGUAAUUGCAGUUUGGUGGGAUCAUUUGAUUUCCAGUGUAAUAUAAACACUGGCCAAUGCUCCUGCCACCCAGAGUUCUCCGGCAGAAAAUGCUCUGAAUGCAAUUUGGGCCAUUGGAAUUAUCCUCAUUGUGAUGUGUGUGACUGCUUCCUGGCUGGGACAGAUGCCUCAACCUGCAGCUCAGAAACUGGAAAAUGUGCAUGUCUUAACCAGAGUGGACAAUGCACUUGUAAGGUGAAUGUGGAAGGUGUCCACUGUGACAGGUGCCGGCCUGGUAAAUUUGGACUUGAUGCCAAGAACCCACUUGGCUGCAGCAGCUGCUAUUGCUUUGGCACGACUACCCAGUGCACUGAAGCAAAGGGACUGAUCCGUAUGUGGGUAACACUGACACCUGAACAGACCAUCCUCCCACUAGUGGAUGAAGCCCUCCAACACACAACCACCAAAGGAAUUGCUUUUCAGAACCCAGAAAUUGUUGCAGAAAUGGAACAAGUGAGAGAGGAUCUCCAUCUGGAACCUUUUUAUUGGAAACUUCCAGAACAAUUUGAAGGGAAGAAGUUGAUGGCAUAUGGUGGCAAGCUGAGGUAUACAAUCUACUUUGAAGCUCGUGAAGAAACAGGAUUUUUUACUUAUAAUCCACAAGUUAUAAUUCGAGGUGGAACCCCUGCUCAUGCUAGAAUUAUCACCCGCCAUAUGGCAGCUCCCCUAAUUGGACAAUUGACAAGGCAUGAAAUAGAAAUGACAGAGAAUGAAUGGAAAUAUUAUGGUGAUGACCCAAGGACAAGUAGAAUGGUAACACGUGAGGACUUCCUGGAUGUACUCUAUGACAUUCAUUAUGUUCUUAUCAAGGCUACGUAUGGAAAUGUCAUUCGGCAAAGCAGAAUUUCUGAGAUAUCAUUGGAAGUAGCUGAACAAGGAGUUAUAUCGGCAUUAAGUCCACGAGCUCGCUUGAUUGAAAAAUGUGACUGUCCCCUGGGUUAUUCUGGCUUCUCCUGUGAGGCUUGCAUGCCAGGAUUUUAUAGAUUGCCUUCUGAAUCUGGUGGCCCGAGACCUGGACCAAGCCUGGGCGCCUGUAUUCCAUGUCAGUGUAAUGGACAUAGCAAUACGUGUGACCCCGAAACGUCUAUAUGUCAGAACUGUCAGCAUCACACUGCUGGUGACUUCUGUGAAAGAUGUGCUAUUGGAUACUAUGGAACUGUCAAGGGUCUGCCAAAUGACUGUCGGCAAUGUGCCUGCCCACUCAUCACUUCUAGCAAUAAUUUUAGCCCUUCUUGCAUCUCAGAAGGACUCAAUGACUAUCGAUGUACAGCUUGCCCACGUGGAUAUGAAGGCCAGUACUGUGAAAGAUGUGCCUUUGGCUAUACUGGCAGCCCGAGCAGCCCAGGAGGCUCCUGCCAAGAAUGUGAGUGUGAUCCAUAUGGUUCACUGCCUGUCCCCUGUGACCCAGUCACUGGAUAUUGCACUUGCCGACCCGGAGCCACGGGGCAGAAGUGUGAUGGUUGCAAGCCUGGGCAUGCGCGUGAUGGCAUGGAGUGUGUUUUUUGUGGUGAUGAAUGUACAGGACUCCUUCUCAGUGACUUGGCUCGCCUUGAGCAGAUGGCUGUUAGCAUCAACCUUACUGGCCCACUGCCUGCACCAUAUAAAAUGCUAUACAAUUUUGAAAAUGUGACUCAGGAGCUAAAGCAUUUGUUGUCACCUCAGAGGGCACCAGAGAGACUUCUUCAACUGGCAGAGAGCAAUCUGAAUACACUGGUGACAGAAAUGGAUGAACUUCUCACUAGAGCUACCAAGGUGACAGCAGAUGGCGAGCAGACUGGGCAGGAUGCUGAGCGAACCAACAUGAGAGCAAAGAUUCUAGAAGGAAUCGUUAAGGAAAUUGUCCAGGAUGCAGAAGAUGUAAAUGAAAAAGCUAUUAAGCUAAAUGAAACUCUUGGAGCCCAGGACAAAGCCUUAGAGAAAAAUCUUCAAGAACUACAGCAAGAGAUUGAUCAGAUGAUGGCAGAAUUGAGGCAGAAAAAUCUAGAUAUGCAAAAUGAAGUUGCCCAGGAUGAGUUGGUAGCUGCUGAAGCCCUUCUGAGGAAAGUAAAGAAGUUGUUUGGAGAAUCUCGGGGCAAAAAUGAAGAGUUGGAAAAAGAGCUCAGGGACAAACUGACUGAUUAUAAAAGCAAAGUAGAUGAUGCCCAGGAUCUGUUGAGAGAAGCCACUGAAAAAAUCAAAGAGGCUGAUCGCUUAACUGAAACAAACCAAAAAAACAUGACUACUCUGGAGAAAAAGAGACAAGCUGUUGAAAGUGGCAAACAAGAAGCUGAAAACACAUUAAAAGAGGCCAAUGACAUACUUGAUGAAGCCCACCAUCUUGCUGAUGAAAUCAACUCUGUGAUAGAUCUUGUUAAAGACAUUCAGAAAAAGUUGCCAGAAACAUCUGAAGAACUUAAGGAUAAAACAGAUGAUCUGUCCCAAAAAAUUAAAAAUAGAAGACUUCCAGAGAAGGUGGUACAGGCUGAAGACCAUGCAGCCCAGCUGAAUGAAUCAUCUGCAGUGCUAGAUGGGAUCCUUGAAGAAGCUAAAAACAUCUCCUUCAAUGCUACUGCAGCCUUCAAAGCUUAUAGCAACAUCAAAGAUUACAUUGAUGAAGCUGAAAGGGUUGCCAAGGAAGCCAAAGGUCAUGCAAAUGAAGCAACACAACUGGCAUCUGGUCCUCAAAGUUCAUUAAAGGAUGAUGCCAAAGGUUCUCUUCAGAAAAGCUUUAGAGUUCUUAAUGAAGCUAAAAGACUAGCAAAUGGUGUUAAAGAAAAUGAUGAUAAUCUGAAAGGCAUGAAAAACAGAUUGGAAAAUGCUAAUGAAAAGAAUGGUGACCUCCUAAAAGGUUUGAAUGAUACAUUGGGAAAGUUAUCAGCAAUUCCAAUUGAUACAGCUGCAAAACUGCAAGCUGUUAAAGACAAAGCAAGACAAGCCAAUGCUACAGCAAAAGAUGUUCUGGCACAGAUUAAAGAUCUCAACCAGAACCUUGCAGGCCUGAGGAACAAUUACAAUAAACUGGCAGAUGAUGUGUCCAAGACAAAUGCUGUGGUUAAAGACCCUGCCAAGAAUAAAAUUAUUGCAGAUGCAGAUGCUACUGUUAAAAAUCUUGAGCAAGAAGCUGAUCGAUUAAUAGAUAAACUCAAGCCCAUCAAGGAGCUUCAGGAUAAUCUGAAAAAAAAUAUCUCUGAGAUAAAGGAACUGAUAAACCAGGCCCGGAAACAAGCCAAUUCUAUCAAAGUGUCUGUGUCUUCUGGAGGUGACUGCAUUCGAACAUAUAGGCCAGAAAUCAAGAAAGGAAGCUACAAUAAUAUCAUUGUCAAUGUGAAGACAGCUGUGGCUGAUAAUCUCCUUUUUUAUCUUGGCAGUGCCAAGUUUACUGAUUUUCUGGCCAUAGAAAUGCGAAAGGGGAAAGUGAGUUUCCUCUGGGAUGUUGGUUCUGGAGUUGGACGAGUUGAAUAUCCAGAUUUGACCAUCGAUGACUCCUACUGGUAUCGAAUUGAAGCAUCAAGAACUGGGAGGAAUGGAACUAUUUCUGUUAGAGCACUGGAUGGACCGAAAGCCAGCAUCAUACCAAGUGCAUACAAUUCAAUCUCUCCCCCGGGCUACACAAUUCUAGAUGUGGAUGCAAAUGCAAUGCUCUUUGUUGGUGGUUUGACUGGGAAAUUAAAGAAGGCUGAUGCUGUACGAGUCAUUACCUUCACUGGAUGUAUGGGUGAAACAUACUUUGACAGCAAACCUAUAGGAUUGUGGAAUUUCCGAGAUAUAGAAGGAGACUGUAAAGGAUGCACAGUCAGCCCGCAGGUAGAAGACAGUGAAGGUACUAUCCAGUUUGAUGGAGAAGGCUAUGCUUUGGUCAGCCGCCCUAUACGCUGGUAUCCCAAUAUCUCUACAGUCAUAUUCAAGUUCAGGACCUUUUCUUCAAGUGCUCUUCUGAUGUAUCUUGCCACCCGAGACCUGAAAGAUUUUAUGAGUGUAGAACUCGAUGAUGGACACAUAAAAGUCAGCUAUGAUCUGGGUUCAGGCAUUGCUUCUGUUAUCAGCAACCAAAACCACAACGAUGGAAAAUGGAAAUCCUUCACCCUGUCAAGAAUUCAAAAACAAGCCAACGUCUCUAUUGUGGACAUUGAGACUAACCAGGAGGAGAACAUAGCAACAACAUCUUCAGGAAAUAAUUUUGGCCUUGACUUGAAAGCAGAUGACAAGAUAUAUUUUGGUGGCUUGCCAACCCUGAGAAACCUGAGUAUGAAAGCCAGGCCUGAAGUAAACUUGAAGAAAUACGCUGGAUGCCUCAAGGAUAUUGAAAUUUCACGAACACCAUAUAACAUACUCAGUAGUCCUGAUUAUGUUGGAGUGACCAAAGGAUGUUCCCUUGAGAAUGUUUACAUUGUUAGUUUUCCCAAGCCUGGAUUUGUAGAGCUCCCACCAGUGUCACUUGACGUUGGCACAGAAAUCAACCUUUCCUUCAGCACCAAAAAUGAGUCUGGGAUCAUUCUUCUAGGAAGCAGUGGAACUAAUAACUCACCAAGGAGAAAACGCAGACAGACUGGACAGGCCUAUUAUGCUAUAUUCCUGAAUAAAGGCCGUCUGGAAGUACAUCUCUCCACUGGAGUGAGGACCAUGCGCAAGAUUGUUGUCAAGCCAGAGCUAAUCCCAUUUCAUGAUGGUAGAGAACAUUCCAUUCAUGUGGAAAGAACAAGAGGAAUGUUUACUGUUCAAGUGGAUGAAGACAGAAAGCAUAUGCAGAACCUGACAGUGGAACAAACUAUUACCAUUAAAAAACUCUUUGUAGGAGGCUCUCCAUUGACAUACCAACCUCCUCCACUCAGAACCAUACCUCCUUUUGAAGGCUGUAUAUGGAAUCUUGUUAUAAAUUCCAUCCCAAUGGACUUUGCUCAACCUGUGUCCUUCAAAAAUGCAGACAUUGGUCGAUGUAUAGAUCACAAACCUGGUGAAGGAGAGGUUGAAGUUACUCCAGACCAAAUAGUUUUCCCAACUGAUUCUACCCUUGAAGAAGAUAAAGAGACUACACCAGCCUUUCCAAAAUUCCCCUCUCCACCGCCUACACCUAUUCUUGUUCAUGGACCCUGUGCUGCAGAUACAGAACCAGCAUUUUUGAUAGGAAGCAAACAGUUUGGACUUUCAAGAAACAGCCAUAUUGCAAUUGCUUUUGAUGACACCAAAGUUAAAAACAGCCUCACAAUUGAAUUUGAAAUACGAACUGAAGCUGAAUCAGGUUUGAUGUUUUACAUGGCUCGGAUCAAUCAUGCUGAUUUUGCUACAGUCCAACUGAAAAAUGGCAUGGCCUACUUCAGCUAUGAUCUUGGAAGUGGUAACACAAGUACUAUGAUUGCCACCAAAAUCAACGAUGGUCAGUGGCACAAGAUUAAGAUCUCCCGAACCAAGCAAGAAGGAAUAUUACUUGUAGAUGGUGCUUCGAACAGGACAACCAGCCCCAAGAAAGCCGAUAUCCUAGAUGUAGUGGGGAUGCUGUAUGUUGGAGGGCUGCCCAUCAACUAUACAACAAGAAGAAUUGGUCCAGUUGUCUACAGUAUUGAUGGCUGCAUGAAGAAUCUUAAAAUGACAGAGGCUCCUGCAGACCUUGAAAAUCCAACCUCUAGCUUCAAUGUUGGCUCAUGUUAUGUAAAUGCUCAAAAAGGAACAUAUUUUGAUGGAACAGGCUUUGCCAAAGCAGUUGGAGCUUACAAAGUAGGAUUGGAUCUUCUUGUGGAGUUUGAAUUUCGUACAACUAGAACCACUGGUGUCCUCUUGGGAAUCAGCAGCCAAAAAAUGGAUGGCAUGGGCAUUGAACUGGUAGAUGAAAAACUCAUGUUCCAUGUGGAUAAUGGUGCUGGCCGGUUCACUGCUAUUUAUGAUGCUGGUGUCCCUGGAGCUUUGUGUGAUGGGGAGUGGCAUAAGGUGACUGCAAACAAAAUCAAACACCGAAUAGAGUUGACAGUGGAUGGACAUCAGGUGGGAGCUCAGAGUCCAAACACUGCAUCUACAUCAGCUGAUACAAAUGAUCCUGUCUUUGUUGGAGGGUACCCAGAUGGCCUCAAUCAGUUUGGUCUUACAAUCAAUAUCCCAUUCAGAGGAUGCAUCCGCUCACUGAAGCUCACUAAAGGCACUUCCAAAGCUCUGGAAAUUAACUUUGCAAAAGCCUUGGAGCUAAAGGGUGUUCAACCUAUAUCUUGUCCUGCCAACUAAUAGAAAGAGCUUUAAAUCCCAAGUCGGAUUUUUGGAAACAAAUAUGUUAAAUAAAACAAAUAUGCUUUACCUACAUAUAUGAAUAAAACUUGAUGCAGCAAAAUUGAAUUCUCUCCAUGAUCCUUUC